GCCGGAUUCUUUCGCUUUUCGCUAUACAAGUUGUCGAGUGCCUGCUGUACUACUGUAGUUCGUAAUGAUUGACAAAUUUAUUCAUCUGUUGUUAAUUUCAACCAAAUCUUGAGUAGAAUAAGUGAUUUUUAUCUUUCGUGCCUGCCUUUGUGGAACCUGGAUUGCCGUUGACAAAAAGUGCAAAGUUUUCUGCGCGGUUCACUAUUCAUUUCAAGAUCAUUCGUAAAAAAAAAAAAAAAAUUAUAAAUUGUCACAACUUUGAAAUGGAUUUUAAUAAAUUAGCUAUAUACUGUACCUUGGCCGUAGCUUGGAUAUUUUCUGUAACACUUAUAACAAUAUCGUAUCACGAUGGUGUUAUGAGUCGACGACCGCCGCCGCCGGCAAGAGUUAUGAGAUCUGAUGUUACGCAAGCCAAGCUUUUUGGAAAAUAUCCUCAUGCUGCUGUAGUCACCAAUGCUGAACCAUGUUCAACAAUUGCCAAAAAUAUUUUACAAAAAGGUGGAAAAGCAGUAGAUGCGUUAAUAUCAUCUAUACUAUGUGAGGGGGUUACGAUGCCACACACGUUGGGCAUCGGUGGAGGCUUCGUUAUGACGAUAUAUGAAAAGUCAAAGAACAAGGCCAGCGUUAUCAUUGCUAGAGAAACAGCUCCAGCUAAAUCUACCGUCGAUAUGUAUCAUGGAGAUCCGCAUCUUUCCGUUAAAGGAGGACUAGCGAUAGGUAUCCCUGGAGAAAUAAAAGGUUACUGGACGGCGUAUAAUAAAUUCGGUGGCGGAGUUCCUUGGGAAGAUAUCUUCAGGCCAACUAUUUCACUUUGCCAAAAUGGCAUCCCAAUUAGUAAAAUUCUAGCUCGAAUGUUGGUUAAAUACGAAGACGAGAUUCAAUCUGAUCAAGAAUUCCGUACAUUAUUCGUUAAUCGAACUAAUGGCGAGCUUCUCGAAGCUGGAGACACUUAUAAAAACCUAAAAUUAGCCAGAACACUUCGUAUAAUUGCUGAAAAUGGUGGAGAUGCAUUUUACAAAGGGGACAUAGCCGAAGCAUUGGUGAAAGAUAUUCAAGAAGCUGGAGGAAUAAUCACGGAAGAAGAUCUAGAAAGAUACGAAGCUCGAGUUCAAAAUUCAUUCCAAACUGCUCUCUACAAUGAUUACACUUUGCACACGGUUCCAGCUCCAUCUUCAGGGCCUAUUUUAAGCUACCUAUUGAGAAUCGUCGAAGGUCUGAUACCAGCUCCUACAGAGCUACUGAACACUCAGCGUAUCACUGAAGCCAUGAAACACGCUUAUGGUGCUCGAAGUCGAUUAGGGGAUCCCCACUUUGUAAAUAUUUCCCAGACAAUGAAUUUCAUAACUUCUGAUCUAUUCAUUGAACACAUCAGGAAUAAAAUUGAAGAUACUAAAACGUGGGAUGAUCCGGCUCAUUACGGUGGAGAUUUCACCGAACCGAAGGAUACGGGCACUGCCAACUUGGCAGUUUUAGCAGAAAAUGGCGACGCUGCAGUUGCAACUAGUACCAUUAACAUGGAAUUUGGUAGUUUUGUAUUAUCCAAGAGGACAGGAGUGUUGCUAAAUAACCAAAUGGAUGAUUUCUCAUCGCCAAAAAUCGUAAAUAAUUAUGGAGUAACUCCGUCCAAAACGAAUUUCAUUGCUCCUGGUAAAAUUCCCCUUUCUUCCAUGUGUCCUACGAUCAUUUUGAACCAAUCUGGCGAUGUUAGGUUACUUAUAGGAGGCGGAGGGGGUACAAAAAUCACCUCUUCAGUGGCCAUAACAAUCAUGCGUGAUUUAUUAAUGAAGGAGAACAUCCAGCAGUCCAUGAAUCGUGCUCUAUUCCAUCAUCAACUUAUGCCAAUGGAGUGGCAAUACUAUCCGAGAAUUCCAAAGGAUAUUGUCGAAGGUAUGGAAAAAAUAGGCCAUAAAGUUAAACUAAUGCCCCACAAUUCAUUCGUCGCCAUCACUGGAAUAGAGCGAAGAGAUGGCUUCAUUUAUCCAUGCAGUGAUUCCCGAAGACCCGGUGAAGUGGAAGGAUAUUAACCUGUGUAAAUCUGAUCAGUCAUUUUCGAAAGCACUCGAAUUAUUUAAAAAUUUGUCCUACCCGAUGAAAUCGUUUCGCUUUUCAACGCUCAAUUAGAAACAGAAAAAAAAUUCGUCACUAAAGAUUGUAGAAAAUUUUAUUACACUUAGUAAACUUCUACGAUACAUAAAAUGGCAAUAAUAUAGCUUGGUUAAGCGGCAAUUCGUCGUAAAUACGACUAAAUACACGUAAAAUUGCGAUCUUAUCGUUAGGUAGUAGAAACUUAGUAUAAUAUCCAUCACAGUCUUAACGCUGGCGGAGCAAAUAUUAGACGAUAAAAAAGUGGUAAAUAUAACACGCACCUUGACUGCAGUUUAAAAAGCUAACAUAAUACUUAUCAAAUAAUCUCCUCUCGAAGGAGAACGGUAGGUAAAUGAGCAAAGAAAACAAUUCAAAACGACUCCUUAUAAAUUUAUAGGUAUACGAGCGUAGAAAAAAAAUUAAAAAUUAUAACUUAUGAAUUAGGUAUGAUACACAAUCUCUAACGACGUAAAUUAUAUCUUACGACGUAUUUACAAAAAACGGCUACAUUGUGACUGAUGUAAGGUGAGGACGCUGGCAAAUUACUUGUUCGGAAUCACAUGUGAAUAAUGAAAUUCAUUUGUAAAUGGUGAGAAUUAAAUAAGCAGCGGUGAUAGACCGGCUGUGAUCAUCAACACGCAAAAGGCGAGUGUUCUCAGUACAAUUUUCUUCUGACGAGAAAGCUCCUCUUCCC